UCAUAUAUGAAGAUAGAUCUGACAGAGAUGCUAGAAAAACUACUUCUGUAGAGGAAUAUAAACAAGAGAUUAAUCAAGAAAAAAAUAAAAGAAAAUCUACUUCUACUAAAUUAAUAAAACAAUUAAUUAUUGGGUUAGGUUGA